AUGCCACAAAUUGAAAGGUUAGAUGAAGGCCUUCUUGAGUGGUUCUAUGACGCCAAAACGCAGUCCUUCUGCGGCUUCGAAGACGAUAAUAUUUGCGGAUUUACACAGGUAAAUGAGACUGAUAACUUUGACUGGACUCGCGCCAAGGGAAACACUCCGUCAGCAGACACUGGACCAGAAGCUGACCAUACCUGCAAAUCGGAAGAGGGACAUUUCAUGCAUUUAGAAGCUUCAGCCAAAGGACGAGGACAUACAGCUGUACUUAAAUCGCCCACUUACAAAAGUUUCACUGCACAAUGUGUUCAAUUCUAUUACCAUAUGUAUGGCCGUCACAUGGGAACAUUAAACGUUUAUACACAAUCGGCAUCUGAAUCUGAUCCACAAGCUGUUUGGCGGGCUUAUGGUAACCAAGGCAACGUAUGGAUCAAGGCCCGCCUUUCAAUUCCUCUGAACCUUGCCAAGUCUGGAUACCACGUCGUUUUCGAGGGUUCUACCGAGACUGGUUACCAAGGUGAUAUGGCCAUUGAUGAUAUCACAGUAGACGAUGGAGAAUGUCCUAUUGAUCCUCAUUUGAGACCUGUGGUUGUUCCAGACAUAACGACUAGAGCUUCGUUCAACUGGACAGCAGUCAGAUCCAAGAAAAGACGCAGGAAGAAACCUCGCGCUCAUUCUCACCGAAGACGGAACGAAUCAGAUUUUCCUCCACGAACAUUUAUACAUCUAUCUAUCUAUCUAUCUAUCUAG